UCGCGUAUGUUGUCAUAUGAAAAAAAGAUGGCGUCUGUAUCAGAAAUGUAUGACGUGGGAUGGGAAGAGAUGAGAGACAAGCUGCGUAAAUGGAGAGAGGACAACAGCAGAAAUAGUGAACAAAUAGUGGAUGUUGGUGAAGAGCUCAUCAGUGAGCAUGCAUCCAAACUUGGAGAUGACAUUUGGAUUAUUUAUGAGCAGGUGAUGAUCGCAGCGCUGGACUGCAGUCGGGAUGACCUGGCUUUGACCUGUCUACAGGAACUGAGGAAGCAGUUUCCAGAUAGCCACAGAGUGAAGCGAUUAACGGGCAUGAGGCUGGAAGCUCUGGAAAGGUACGACGAGGCCAACAAACACUAUGAUGCUAUCCUUCAGGAUGACCCCACCAAUACGGCAGCAAGGAAGCGCAAGAUCUCUAUACUGAAGGCCCAGGGGAAGAGCACUGAAGCCAUACGGGAGCUCAACGAGUAUCUGGAGCAGUUUGUUGGGGACCAAGAAGCAUGGCAUGAGUUAUCAGAGCUCUACAUCAACGAACAUGACUAUGGAAAAGCCGCGUUUUGUCUGGAGGAGCUGAUGAUGACCAACCCUCACAAUCACUUGUACUGUGAGCAGUACGCUGAGGUGAAGUACACUCAAGGGGGGCUGGAAAACCUGGAGCUGGCCAGAAAGUAUUUUGCCCAGGCGCUGCGGCUAAACAACCGAAACAUGAGGGCGUUGUUUGGACUCUAUAUGUCUGCAAGUCACAUCGCUGCCAGCCCUAAAGUCAGUGCCAAGGUGAAGAAGGAUAAUAUGAAGUAUGCGGCCUGGGCUGCCACUCAAAUAAAUAGAGCCUAUAAGCUGGCUGGUCGUGGGAACAAAGAGAACAAGUGCUCCAUGAAGGCCGUGGAGGAGAUGUUGGAGUCCAUGCAGAUCACCAUGUCUUAGAUGCACUUGGCCACAUUUUCUUCUUUUCUGUUGCAGCAACGCGGCAGCUCAAACAGCCUUGAAAUUUGACCAGAGGUGGCUGUCUGUGCCCCCCCUACACAGUUUUUAAUUUUAUUCUUUAUUAUUGUUUUUUUUUAACAUCCUUUCUAGUUUUGUCCUGGAUUUUUAAAAAAAAUAAUUUCACAUAUAUUGAAGUUGUGUAACCCUCCUGAAGGGAUGGUGCAGGAAUGUAGUAAAAAACAAGCUCCGGCUGUGAUUCUGUUCAAAGCUACACCAUCUUCACCUCAUCCUACGUCUUUCCAGGUUUGGCCUGAGUUGGUGCGUCUUACUGUCACAUCCACAUUAACGCUGACGCCACGAGACCAGGAAAGUUAUCAGACUGUACAGUAAAUGUUAUUUAUCUCACCUGUUUGCACUGACAUCGUCUCCUGUUUGCUUACUAUCUGUACAUGAAACUAAUAAAUUUUUUUCAAACCCGA